AUAAUUUUUGGCAUUAUAAAUAGCACACAAACUUUCCCUUUCCUCUUCAUCUUUAAAGACAGCAAAGCUUGAUACCAUAUCUACAAAAAUGGAUAACAACAAAAAGCAAGCAUGGUCUUCUUCUUCAUCAUCAACUGUAAAAUUUGAUCAACUUUUCGGCCCCAAAGACUCUUCUCCAACAUCAUCUUCAUCGGUGUUUGGCUCCAUUUUUCCACCACCACCACCACCCUAUGUUGAGGGUAGAGGAAGAGCUCAAGAAGUAGGAAGCAAAAAUCUUGGAACGCCAGGAAGUUCUAAUAGUAACAAGAAUAUUAGUAGCAAUUAUCAGAAUGUGACAGGGGAACCUAGCUACUUCAGCUCUUCAAUCCACUAUGGUGGUCAAGAAAAUUAUUCCUCAAGAAACAGGACCACUGAAUCCCACCAUGUUUUGAAGAAAGAUAAGAAUCAUGGUGAUUUCAAUGGCAACAAUUCAGACACUGCAUCCAGAGGAGAUUGGUGGGAAGGUUCCCUUUAUUACUAAAUCACUCUGGCGUGAUAAGAAAACUUAGCACACUUUGCUGGAUGAAGAUCAACCAUAUAAGCUGGAGUGUGCUCUAAUUAGUUCUCAGUUUAAAUAAAUAAAUAAAUUAUAGAUUAUAUGAGUUAGUAUCCUUAAUUACAUCCAAGAGUUGGGUUUUUUCUCUCCCAAAUAGAGGGUAUAUCUAGCUAAAAUGUUAGUGUGUUUUCAAAACUACUUCUGCUUUAUAGUUUUAUAUUAUAAAUAAAGGUUUUAUUUUAGACUUGUUUA